AUGCCGAUUGAGGCCCUUCCUGAGAGCACAAGCCGGGCUAUUGGCUCCACAUCGGCCAUCUCCGAUCCCUACUCGGUGGUCAAGGAACUCGUGGACAACGCCCUCGAUGCAUCAGCCACGUCUUUGCAGAUUGAAAUAUCCCAGAAUACUGUAGAUGUCAUACAGCUCAAAGACAACGGUCACGGUAUCUCCCCAGAGGACCAGCAGCAUGUUUGCAAACGUGCCUUUACCAGCAAAAUUCAAACUUUAGACGAUCUCAAAAAUGUUGGUGGAUCAACUCUGGGAUUUCGUGGUGAAGCUCUGGCUAGUGUGGCUGAAAUGUCGCGGAUUCUUGCUGUUACCACCCGGGUAGAGUCCGAGAUCGCUGGGGUAUGUUUGAAGUACGGAAGAAAUGGAGAGCUUACUGGAACACAACGGACGUCCCACCCGGUGGGAACAACUGUCCGCAUUACGGACUUUCUCAAACACAUUCCUGUUCGGAGGCAGACUGCCUUGAAGGGUGCUACGAGAACUCUCACGAGAAUUAAAAAGCUUCUUCAGGCCUAUGCUAUAGCUCAACCAUCCAAGAGGCUCUCGCUCAAAGUACUGAAGGCAAAAAAUGAAAACAGCAAUUGGACCUAUGCACCAAGCUCAAAUCCAUCGCUAUCGGAUGCAGCUCUCAAGGUAGCUGGCGCAGAGACAUCUUCUUCAUGUAUCUUGAAGCAAUCCUUGCCACAGAAAAUAGAUAACGCUGGAAAUUUACAAGACUCAUCUGACCAGAAAGAGUAUCAAGCAAUCGCGUUCCUUCCGAGAACAGAAUUCGAUGUCUCCAAGAUCAUCAAUGCCGGUCAAUAUAUCAGUGUGGAUGGCCGCCCUCUCUCAAGCAACCGAGGGAUUGGACACGAUAUCAUCAAAGUUUUCAAAACAUAUAUCCGUGGCGCCGCAUCUAAAGGUGAAUCAUCUAGAUCAGUCAAUGAUCCUUUUCUAUGCUUACAAAUUCGGUGUCCCCAAGGGACGUACGAUGUCAAUAUCGAACCAGCCAAAGAUGACCUCCUAUUUGAAGAUCGGGGGCUAGUCUUGGCCUUGGUGGAGAAUUUGCUUCGCGACCACUACGGAGCACAAGAGAAAACGGAGAGGAGUGGUCCCAAAGGAGUUCAAGAGAAUACCUUCAAAUCGAAGAAAGCUGUACCUGGGUUUGAACUUUUGAUGGCUGAUAAAUCAACUGUGAGACUUGCCACAGACCCUCAGGAUUCUGAAAAUCCUUUCAAGGACGCUACACCCUACACACCACUUUCACACAGACCGCUUCAGGGUAAAUCUUUGUUUUUACCUGUGGAUCAUUCCGGAAAUGAUCUCGAAAGUCCCGAUGAAUCAUCUACCGCCAGAACCAAGCGUUCCAGCUUCGCCAAUCCGUGGUCGAUCUCCAAAACCAAUGCCUCGUUUCAAACUCCGCAGCGCAAAAGAAAUUCGGUUAAUGCAACAAGCCCGACAGCUCUAUCUAGUGGCAGUCUACAGGGCCUGAUUCGAAGGGAGAGUGAAUCAAGAAGCCUCCAGCAUUCCCCCAAUAUCUCAGAUUUGACAAGUCCUCCUACUUCCCGACUUGCGUCUGGUUCACCAGUCAGGAACCGGCGACAGCAGCCGAGAACAUCAGCCGAGUCCUCCCCUGAGAGUAAUCGAAUCUCGAGUGCCCGACGUGCCGAGAGAGAACGUGAUCGCGAUCGAUAUGGUAACGGAGCUCUUGACACUUGGUUUCAGAGAACCACACAAGUCUCGCUGCAGCAAAUCCCCGUUGAGGGGGCAGCCACUCAAGAUUUGAAUGAGUCGUCUCUAUCUGUUCUUGCUCAGAAACGUUUUGGGUCGUCUGCAAAGAGUUCAUCGGCCAAUGCGCAUAUCGACAGACAAAAUGAUGGCUGUUCAGACAGAGUAUCACAGGAUGAUGUCCCUCUACAAUCCUCCGAUAAUCUCCCGAUAUCCGACGAGCAAGAAGGUUAUAUUCCACGAUCAAUGGAUAGUGGUCGAGGAUUCCCAGUUCUUGAAAGAUGGGCAGCUCAACUUCAUGAAGACGGUGAUCAUGAAGAACCGUCUGAUCUGGAGAGAGCAUUAGACUUUGAAAGACGGAAGAAAGAGGCCAUACAAAACCAUCGCAUACGAUUCAAGAACCACGAAAAACCAUCUGGACCACAGCCUAGUUCAGUCUCGCAUUCACCUCAUCGAAGUCGCUAUCUUGCCGCAAAGGCUGCAUUGACUUCGUCGCAAACUUCGAUUAGAGAGCCAACUUCCACCACAGCUCUCUCCUCCCAUGAUCCACGUGCCUAUCUCAUUGGCCAGACAAGGGAUCAUUCUGUCGGCGAAUCUUCAGCGAUUGGCGAAAAGGCUCGGAAACCUCCCACUCACCGGCUCCCGUUCGAACGUAUACCCGAUGGCUCUAAGUUGCAUGACCUUGCUAUAACCUGCUCGGUUGACUUAGCGUCCAAUUCCGACCUUUUCAAGCUGGAUAUUCCAGGUGAUCUACCUGUCACAAGCGAUAAUCAAGUUACGGCCUUCUCCACAUCUAAUGUCAAAACAUGUUUGCCGUUCUGGAAUGAACGGUUGAUGCUUAUCAUGGAACAGCAUUAUAAAAGCCAUGAAAUAUCGAAGCCAAUGAGCAUUAGUAUCGAUCUUGAGGCCAAUAUCUCUCGGCAUUUGAAGGAUCUCGAUGCAAAUGAAAACUAG